UAAUACAGAUAAAGUAUUUUCGUAUUUUGUUAGCACUCAGAGGAUUUGAUAUUUGUAUUCGUAUGUAUGUACACAUGUAUAAUUUGAUAUUCGUUUAUAUCGUGAGAUUUAUUGUAUCCUGAGAUGUAUUAAAUACUAAUUAAAAUGAUUCUUUCGUAUAUUUUAUUGUAAAUAAAUGCGUUUAUAUUUUGUAAAUCGAAUUUUAGUAUUUUUCUUUAAUAUGUUCUCUCCUUUCAUUUGAGGUUAUAUAUCAUUCUUUUAUUUGAGGUUAUAUGUCAUUUUUUAAUUGAUUGCAUUAGACUUAGUAAUAAUAUACAUUUUGUAAUUCUUUUAAUAUUUUGUUUUAUAUAAUACUCAUUCUUUUUUUUGGAAUAUCUCAAAUAAUGUAAUUAUAAACAUAAUAAAUCUUUCUAAAAAAUAUGAAUUGUAUUCUUUAAUAAUCAUAUACUAAGUAUUGUAAUUUUUUUGUAAGUUUUAAUACAUCUUCUAAUAAUAUAAUAUUCGUUUCGUUAUUAUAUAAAACUAUAAAAUUAUGUCAAGUAUGGAUAAAAAGAAAAAACAAGAAACUUUGGAGAAAGAAGAACUUCAGUUGCUCAGCAAGACGGAACUGAUAGAAAAGAUAAUAAAAUUGGAAGAAGAAAAUAAACAACUGAAAGCAGCAAGAAAUAAAAUAAAAGAAAAAUCAAAAGAUAAAGAUAUUCAUAAAUCACAAAAACCAUUUGAUUUUUCAAAGUGUAAUAAGAGACAUAUUCUUUUAAAAUUCUAUUAUCUUGGGUGGAAUUAUAACGGCUAUGUUGUACAAGAAAGCACUGAUAAUACAAUCGAGGAGCAUUUGUUUGAAGCAUUAAUAAAAAGUUGUUGUAUAGAGUCACGUGAAACAUCAAAUUAUCAUAGAUGUGGGAGAACUGACAAAGGUGUCAGUUCAUUUUCACAAGUGAUCUCCAUAGAUUUAAGGAGUAAAUUAAAUCCAGAGGAUCAAUGUAAAUUAGAAGAUGAGCUUCCAUAUUGUAAAAUAUUAAAUAGGCUGCUCCCUCCUAACAUAAGAUGUAUCGCAUGGUGUCCAGCAUCUAGUAAUUUUUCAGCAAGAUUUAACUGUAAAUUUCGAACCUACAAGUACUUUUUCCCAAGAGGAAAUUUAAAUAUAGAUUCAAUGGAUAAAGCUGCUAAAUAUACUAUAGGAGAGCAUGAUUUUCGAAAUAUUUGUAAAAUGGAUGUUGCCAAUGGUGUUACUAAUUAUCAAAGAAAAGUUAUUGAUGCAAAAGUAUGUCUGUAUCGUCGAGAUUUUAGAAAUAUUUCAGGAUAUGACGUGUGUCAAUUGAUUAUAACAAGUCAAGCAUUUUUAUGGCAUCAAAUUCGUUGUUUAAUGGGUGUUUUGUUUCUUAUUGGUCAAGGAAACGAGAAACCGGAAAUUAUUUUAGAGCUUCUAGAUAUUGAAAAAUGUCCUAGGAAACCACAAUAUAAUUUAGCUCAUGAAACACCAUUAAAUCUUUGGUAUUGUGAGUACGAUACGAUGGAGUGGUAUAUCGAUAAGGAUGAAUUAAUAAAUACAAUAAAAUUUUUACAAAGAGAUUGGACUUUGAACACAGUAAAAUCAGUUAUGAUUGAAAAUAUGUUAUCGGACUUGGAAGAUACAACGGAUUGUAAAGAUAUGCUUUUUCAAAGUGAUUGUCUAUUACUUGGUAUACAACCUAGAGUGUAUCAACGUUUAAUGAAACGACCUACUUGUGAAAGCUUAGAAAGUAAAAUAAAACAUUAUGAAAGUAAGAAAAAGAAGAAAGAAGACCCAGACAAUAGCGAUGAUAAGUAAAUGUAUCAGUCCUUUUUUAAUAAUAAAAGAUUUUAAUUUUGUUAA